UUAACUGAUGUUUUUAUUUAAACCUGUAAAGUUGAGGGCCAUAAACCCAAAACAACUAGGUAAGAAAACACGGAGCUGAAGACAUUUUAGUUUAGCCUGGCUUAGCUUUAGCUUAGCUUAGAAGCAGGAAGAAACUGUUGGAAUCUACUCCAUCAAAAAGUGAAAAAUCUUAUAUCUUUAUAAAAUGUAUUUUAAUGCUGUGAAUUUAUAUUUGCAAAUAUAUCCAAAAAUUAGUUGAGCUGAGAUCUCAGUGGUGGCUGUUCACAAAAUAUCUGCAUCUGUACCAUGGAUCUAUUAAUAUGAUCAGUGCCUAUAGUUUUACUCUCAUAUUUCUAUUCAUGAUUUCUUUCAUGUCAAAUACACAACACUCAUAGGAAGGGUUUUCUUUUCAGCUAGGCUACCAGAUUCCAUCUGGAUCCAUUUUUCCCUUUAGCAACAGGAUAACCAAAAUCUGUGAAUGCUCGUAAAGGUAUAAUGAUAUAUGUUUUCCCAUUCUCCCACUGUGGCAUGAAGGCAGCAUGAGACACCUAAAAACUCAUAGCUAAACUCAGAAUGAUAAUGUAAUAGUGUCAAUCAUCUGUGUCUACUUCAGCAAUUGUGCAAUACACGGAUGUGUGCUGUGGAAAACUCAUUUGGAGGAAAUUAUUUUAUGAUGGUUUGUUGCAGUUGCAUGCUGGGUGAAUUUAAAGUCCAACCGUUAUCUCUCAGAAAUGGGAGAAGAGGUCAGAGUCAACUGGUAAAGACUCUUCAGGUUGUGUUCAGACCUUCAGACUGAUCCAGUGGAAGAGGAUAAAAGAUGUUACACUGGAGGAGCUCAGCCCUCGCUCUGCUGCUGAUUCUGCACUGGGCUGCUCCUUCUCAGGCUCAUGAAUGCCUGGCUCCUGGGAAGAAAUGUGACUUUGUGUGCGACUGUACUAAAUGUGAAGAUGAACAGGACUGUGGCUACAGGGGAAAAGGGUUUGAGUGCGACUUUGAGGAUGCAGGAAUGUGUGGAUGGAGAGACCAGUCCGUCAAUGAAGCGUACAGCUGGGGGAGAUAUCAGAGAGGAGACAUGAUGCCCGACAGCGGGCCGUCCUCUGACUACACCACCGGGACAGCUACAGGUUGGUUUAUGGGAGUGAGUGCAGUGAAGUCAGCAACUUUCAGUACUGCAGUUUUAAUGUCUCCAGAGAUGAGAGAGUCUUCACCGACGUGUCGUCUUCGUCUCAGAUAUUUCCUGUGGGACUCAGGUCACAGCAGUCUGGGCUCCACACCCUUGUGGGCGUCCCUCAUUCGGCAGGAUUCUCAAGAAGCCAUAGUGUGGCGUCCUGAGGCCACAAGCUUCCGUGGCUGGAAGGAGGGUACCAUAUUUCUGGGCCGUAUUCCCACAACCUUCCGAAUCCGUUUUAACUCCGAUCGCUCCGCGGGGCAAAAAGGCGAUGUGGCCUUAGACCAGCUGGAGUUUGUAGACUGCGCUCUGCCCUCAUUAUUACCUGGUACAGAGUGUCCACCAGGGAUGUUGAAGUGUGCUCGUGGUGGCUGCGUGGAGCAGCGGCAGGUCUGUGACGGCACAGACGACUGCGGUGACGGGACCGAUGAGAAGUGUGACUACCAGCUCUGUGACUUUGAGGAGGGUCUGUGUGACUGGGACUUGAGGUCAAUCUCCAGACUGAAAUGGGUGCGGACGACUCAGGAGAACAUCUCCCUCUCUGAUCCUCUGAAAGGACCAGGCAGGGACCACUCCAGCAACACUGUAUCAGGUCACUUCCUAUAUGUCACUGUCCCUGAUGGUGGUCUCUCUAUGGACUGGGCCGCUUUCCAAAGUCCUCUCCUUGAACCCACCAAUAGUUCACAUCCUUGCAAGAUGGUGAUGUACACUCACCAGUUUGGGCCGAGGUCCGGCGGUCUGACGGUGCUGGUUGCUGAUCGUUACAUCUACCCGGUGUGGGAGAGGGGCGGUGCCCUGGGCGACGUUUGGGUGAAGGCAGAGGUGGAGAUUGUCACCAACUCAUCUUUCCAGAUUGUAAUAAUGGCAGCAAUCAGAGACUUUGCAUAUGGAGGUAUUGCUGUUGACAGCAUUGUGUUGUCCCCUGGGUGCCGCUCAUCAUCUGCCAAUUAUUCCCUGGCAGCUUUCCCUAAGCCACCUCGACACCCCUGCACUGAUCAGGACAAGAUUUGUGACUUUCAACCUGACUGUGCAGAAGCAGAGGAUGAAGCCAAAUGUGGGGAUUUCUCCUACACUGGGGGCAGCUCAGGGUGGACUGAUACCAGCAUUGGAAAUCAAGGAUGGAUGCUAUAUGAGAAUUUAACAUCCCAAGAGGAGUACCUGUAUGUAGCCGAGGCCUCGGGCAAGCAGCUGACUGAGGCCCAGACACGGACCCCCCUCCUGGGCCCCUCUGGUCCAGCCUGCUCCCUCAGCUUUGACUUUGCACUGACUGGGAGUCCAGAUCACAUUGGUGAGCUGUCUGUCAGGGUGGUUGACAGCUUGAUGGGGAUGAGGCCUAAACUGUGGGAGUUCAGUGGGAAGACGGGAACAGGAGAGGAGGCGUGGCAAAAUGCCAGCAUAUCUGUUGGAGCCAGGAAACACCGCUUUCAGCUGGUGUUUGAAGCUCGCGCUCUGAAACUGUGUCCAUGCGCCAAGAUUAAAGUGAAAAACGUUCGCUUUGUCGACUGUCAUGCUAGCUACUUCCCAUCUUCUCCAACGGUACUGUCAUGUAACUUUGAAGAUGGACUGUGUGGAUGGUAUCAGGACAGCAGUGACAACUUUGACUGGAUGGUGCACAGUGGGAUGGACCACACCAUUGGGAUCGGUAAAAGCCUGGUUGUGGACAUGUGGAGUCCCUCUCUGCACGGUUUGUUUGGACGCUUAGUUUCAUUUACACAGUCACCGGGUCCCACAGGUUACUGCCUGUCCUUCUUCUACAAACUCUAUGGGCCCAACACAGGUGUUCUGAAUGUAAAGCUGUUAGGUAAAGAUGAUUAUGAAACCAUCCUCUGGACCCGAAGUGGAGCUCAUGGCAACGUGUGGCACGAAGCGCACUGCCCAGUACCACACCAACUCACAAGCUUUCAGCUGAUGUUUGAGGCGGUGCGCUCCGGCUUUGACGGGCAGGUGGCUAUUGACGAUGUAUCGUUUGUGGCCCGUCCAUGCACCGUGCCGAGGAUGUGUUCCUUUGAAGGCCAGCAGUGUGGAUACAGCAGCUCUGGUAAAGUUCACUGGCUCCACCGCAGCGGAUACACCUCCACGACAUCUGGACCCAAAACAGACCACACUCUGGAGACCGAACUGGGUUUCUACAUGAUGGUAAACACCGGAGAGCGCUUUCUUCCCUCUGGCAGCAGCGCAGUCCUCACCUCCCCUGUUCGCCAAGGAACCGCCAAGACUGACUGUGUGCAGUUCUGGUAUCAGAUGGGAGGAGUGAAUCCUGGUUCUCUGACCGUGUAUAUGAAGCCGGUGAAGGGAGAGAGGGUGAAGAUCUUCUCUGACAAUCUGAAUCAAGGAGAUGUCUGGCGCCAUGGCAACGGCAACAUCUCAAGUGCCCUUGUGGACUGGCAGUUGGAGUUCGAGGCAGUUGGAGCUGGAGGUGUAGACACUUAUAUUGCAGUUGAUGACAUCUUCCUUUCAGGUCACCCAUGUGAAAAUCAAGGUUCUAGGUGCAGUCUGGAGAGAGGGAUGUGCAGCUGGAGCAACACUCAAAACAGUAAAAUGGACAAACUGGACUGGGAGCUGACGAGUCAGGAGGCAGAGUCACACUACUCCACCCCACCUGGAGACCACACUCUGGGCACAGAGAAAGGUCACUUCCUGUUAUUUCCAAGCAGCAGUCGGACAGCAGCCAAUCAGAACGCUCAGCUGCUGAGCCCUCACCUGCCCCCGACCAAGGGCACCUGCCUGAAAUUCUGGGCCUACAAACCCUACUCAUCAAGCAGCCAGCUGAAGGUGUGGAGGCUGGCUCAAGGUCUUCUCCAUGAGCUGCUGGUGGUGAAUGAACUGGGAGGACCAUGGAGACGCUUUGACAUUAAUAUCACAUCUACUGAGGAAUACCAGAUUGUGUUUGAUGGAAUCAAAGGCACGUCGGGCAUUAUCGCUCUGGAUGACAUUGAGUACACCAUUGGGAUCAACUGCGCCAACCAAGUCACAGAUCCAGUGACAACCCCAUCAAAAGGAGACAAUAAAGGAGGCAUUGCAGCAUCCGUCAUCGUGGUCCUGCUGCUGAUCGGCACUUUGAUCGCCCUGCUGGUUUACUACCUGCGAACCCGCCAGAGACAUGAGGUUAUGACCGGCCCAUCAUCAUCAUCCUCAUCAGCUGGUCGUGGUUUCAGUAAUGAAACAUAUGAUCCAGAACUCACCCAGAACCGUGUGACGAUUCCACCAGCACAAAACCAUCCAAUGGCUGCUGGGUUCAAUAAUGUCUCUGUCUCUGCUGACGUCAGAGAGAUGGAGGUGGAUCCGUAAGGCAAGGGGGUGGUGGUCCUGCCACCUAAAGGUGGCUUUGUGAAACUGAGGUGAUAUCACAGCAGAAGAACUGCUUGUGUCGCCCUUACAUGACACACACACACACACACACACACAUACAUACACACCAAAACACAAGCAUAGCCCACAUACUGAAACACUGAUGAAGGCCUAAUCAGUGCCGCUGCCUCAGAUCGAGAGGAGCCCUCGUGGGUCGCAGCUUUCUGUCUGUGAUGGACAGAUUGAAGUCGGGAGGAGAAAGUCAAACUUCCAACUUCCUUUAAAAUCAAGACUGGCAAUCACCCAUGAUUGGCUGAAGAUUUAGGAUCCAUUUUGGAUAUGUAAGGAGGUUCAGACAGAAUCAGGUCAAGUACACUAUCACUGAAUCACGUUUGUCUGGUUUGAGAAGAACUCAACAGGUUGGGCUCCUUUCUUUGUGGCUCAGAUGAGCACUUCUACAUGUAGAGCAAUUUAGGUAAUUAUGGGGCACACUACCCAGCCUGUGAAACUAGUUGUAUAAUGAUUUAGGUCACUCUGGAGGAGCUUAGAAUCAUUUGAGGUAUCUCAGCUGUACAACAAAAAGCUGAAACUGGGAUCAUGACUUUUGAAAGUGAUGUGAGUUUUGGGAGUAGACCUUGUCGCACAGCUUUGUAGAAGUGCAAAACUGAAUCACUGGCGUUUGCCUUUGAAAAGGACCGGAGGGAUAAUUACUAUAAACAGAGGUUAAACCUUGUGGAAAGUAUGAAAUAGAUUACAGAGGAAGCUGACUACAUGUGUACAUGCUGUUUGGAAAGAGACUGAAGGAUGGAUGUAUUCUUCUGGAUGUGUUAGACGGUUAACUUUGCUUUGAAACAAGAUAUAAUUAAGUGCUAAUGAGAAAUUAAUUAAAGUUACGCACUAAAA